AUGUUCUAUUCCGAGUCGCUGCUGGCCAAGAAUGGCCCAUUGGCGCGGGUAUGGUUGGCUUCUAACCUGGAACGGAAGCUCAGCAAGCAGAAUAUCUUAAGCGAGAAGAUUGACACGAAGGUGAAAGACAUUAUUGGGACGGGUCAGGCACCCAUUGCGUUGAGAUUGAGCGGACAGCUGUUGUUGGGAGUGGUGCGCAUCUACAGCAGGAAGGCACGAUAUCUCUUGGACGACUGCAACGAGGCACUGGUCAAGAUUAAGUUGGCCUUCCGACCAGGCAACGUCGACAAUGACAUGCCCCUCCACCAAGCCCAUGGUGCUAACAAUAACGCUCUCCCACUUCCCGACACCAUCACAGACCUUGAGCUCUUUGCUCCUCUUCCCGACCCGGACGAACUUCUACGAGGACCUGGCAGCCGUCAUGGAGGGCGGGAUCCUACUCUAUUGGACUUUGGCACGAGUCAGCUGCUUCCCGAAAGCCAGACUCCAUCAAGGCGGCAGAAGCAGAGUGCAUUCCUGGAGGACAUCGAUCUUGACCUGGAUCUAGGGCUAGAACUUGGCGAUGUUCCAGUGCGAUCGACACCUGGAAUUGAGGACCGCAGCAUAGAAAUUGGUCGUCGAGCUGCCACACCCAAGCGUGACGAGCCGACACUUUUGGAGGACGACGAUCUUGGGCUUGACAUGGGCUUCGAUGACACAAUUGCGCGUAAGAGUUCUCUACCACCUCUUCCCAUGGACGACGGCUUCAUGCCGACCAUUGAGGAUGAUAUGCCAAUGGAUGGUAUGGACGAUGCGACUGCUCAAGCCAACGAUGCAGCCUUUGCGCGGAUAGCUGCUGCUGCAGAGAGGCGACGUGAUAGUGCUUCUCCGCUGUCAUCCCUUCGCAGCAGUGCCGAGCGCGAGCUGGAGCAAACUUUCCAGCUUGGUCAGGGCGUAGCCGAGGAGGACGAUCCGACGGUCGUGCAGGCCGCGCAGCGUGUUAAGCGAAGACGUGUCAUGCGCCAGGAUCUCGAGACCGAGCUGCACAACAAGCAGAUCAAGCAGCAGCAGAUGGACACCUCUGCUAUUACCAAGGCGCCUUCUUUCUUGCCUCGCGACCCGGUUCUGCUCCAACUUAUGGAGAUGCAGCGUAACGGCACAUUCGUCAGCAAUCUUAUGGGUGAUGGUAUGAUGCAAGGUUGGGCACCUGAGCUCCGUGGUAUCUUGUCUCUGGAGAUCGUGCGUAAGGCUGGCGACAAGAAGCGUAAGCGGGAUAGUGGUGUGGCUGAUGUGCAGACCCCGAGCGACAGGCAAGAGACGCCACGGAUCGAGCUACCGCAGGAAGACGAGGGUUUUCAGAUGGAUCCUGGUGCAGACCCUACACUGCGAUCAGAUGGCGUAGGUCCUCUUCUCAUGUCUGAUGGCUUCCAGAUCCCGCCAGCAGAUGAUCUGGAGCAGCCUCUAGAAGACGACGACGAGCUAUAUGCUGGCUCGCCUGCUGCGCCCUUUGACAUCACAGAAGCUCCACUGCUACACCCAUCACAAUCCGGCCUCGUCUCACUAGGCACAAAGAACGCCGUGCACCUCCUUCGCGACCACUUCGCACCCGGUCACUCCGCCACCGCUACCGAGCCACCCACGCCCUCGAAGCGUGUGAAAUCCGAGGCCUUGUUCACAGAUCUCUGUCCGGUCGCCACCACAAGUCGACAGGACGCCACGAAGAUGUUCUUUGAGUUGCUGGUGCUGGGUACCAAGGAUGCUAUCAAGGUCGAGCAGGAUACCAAGGAAUUGGGCCUUCCUAUUCGUGUGAGAGGGAAGAGGGGGCUGUGGGGCGAGUGGGCUUCGCGAGAGGCGGGUGGUGAGAUUGCUGGACAGAUUGUCGAGGAGGUUGAGGCGGAGGCAAAGGACUCACCCCCGUCCAACGGUAUCGUGCCUCCGCGUUCGAAAACUCAGGGCAUAGAGGAUAAGCCUCGUGCCGGGCGCAUCAAAUGGACCGACGAUUUAAGGGUUGCCUUGGCUCUUAUGUUCGAGGAGUACAACGCCAAUACCAAACGUGUCCACGAAGUGUUGAUCGCUAUGUUCGAGGACUAUCUGGCGGAGUAUGGUAUUACUGCUGAUGCGGUCAAAAAGAAUACCCUUUACGCCCAGUUCCGCGAGAAGGAUAAACUGGCACGCUCGUGGCAGUCGGCGAUAAUGGUUCUGCCAUGGUGCCGCUCAUCAACGUGA